AAGACCAAGAAUAAUAAUACUCCUACUAAUAAUACAAAUCCAAAGUUGAGAUAACAAUAGCAAUAGCAUCUUCUUGGUUUUGAAAGCAAAGGUUUCAGAUUCAUUUCAUCAUCUCAAGAACAAUAUAUAUAACAGAAGAAGAACCCCAACAUGUCUCCUUUUGAUUGUGUUCAGACAACAACAGAGAGCAGUCACAGCAUGAGCACCAGCACUAGUCCAAGUGCUGGUGAUGUGCUUCUCAAAUGGGGUCACAGAAAGAGAUCAAGACUCUCUAGGGCUGCCAUUGAAGACUCUUCAUCUUCUGUUCACACCAACAACAGAAGAAUCUCUCACUCUCUUCCUCCCAACUUCUCCAUGCCGCCGCCACCGCCGCCGCCGCCACUUUUUUCUUCUACUGCCUCCAGCGGCAGAGGUAGAAAGCACAGCCCUAGGAAUUUGGAAGAUCCCUCUUUGGGUGGAAGUGAAUCACCUUCAAGAAACAGUCAGGGGAGUAACCCAGUUGUGUCUAGAUCUGCAGCACCAAAAGUUUCUUCUUCUGGCAUGGAAAGAAGUAGCAGAAGGGUAGCUUCUUCUGGAUCAGCAAAAUUUCCAAAACCAAGUGCAUUUUCAACAACACAACAAGCCUCUGAGAGAAUGAACAAUAGCCAAGGAGAUUCAGCCUCAGUGCAAUCUGAACAAGAAGGUUGUGUUGCCACUGCUCCUGCUUCCUCAUCCCUUGCUGCCAUUGGAAACAAGGUCACUGUUGAGGUGAUUCAGUGGCCAAGGAUAUACAUAGCUCUCUCAAGAAAGGAGAAAGAAGAUGAUUUUCUUGCUAUGAAGGGCACCAAAAUCCCUCAAAGACCAAAGAAGAGAGCAAAGAAUGUUGACAGGAUUCUGCAGUGUUGUUUUCCUGGGAUGUGGCUAUCAGAACUGACAAAGAGCAGAUAUGAGGUUAGGGAGAAGAAAUCCAUAAAGAAGCAAAAACGCAGAGGCUUGAAAGGAAUGGAAAUCUUGGACAGUGACUCGGAUUAGCAGAUAGUGGAGGAUGAGAUUGCAGAGUGAAAGCUCAUGAUUUUUUUUUUUUUUUAAUUUUUUGGAAUGACCAUUUUUGUUUUUGAAUAUGUAAAUUAGUGACAAUUAAGGUAAAUUUUGAUUUAGUUUAUGUGAUAAAUGCGACAAUUACGAUAUAUUCUUAAAUUUUGAGAC